GGUUUUUGAAUCACGUCCAAGAAUCAAAUAAGUAAUUUCAGCCUAUUAAGCAAAAAAAAAAAAAAAAAAAAACGAUCUUGAAUAUUUUGAUAGGAGUUCCCUAAAAAAGAAAAAGAAAAGAAAAGAAAAGGUGAUCGUUAUUUGUUACUAGUUUAGUUGGGUUGUCAUAUGAGCCCAUGAGAAACUAAAAGUUCAUCAUCGAAUGUGGAUUUACAUAAAACAGCCCAUGUAAGCCCAAUCCAUUGUUUUACUCAUUACUGCAACAUUUAUAGUGUCCCAUAAUUACAUGGUUUUAUGCAAGUUUCUAAAAACAGACGUUCUAAAAUAAUUUAACAAACAUUACUAAAAUACCUUUAGUAAGCACUAAGAAAUCACUAGUCCAAGUACACUUAGGAAAAGGAAUCCAUAGUACCGCAACACACUUUUCCUACUUUCACCUGAAAUAAGAGAAAAAAUUCUAAGUAAACUAAACAAUCCCUUUUCGGUUUUACUUCUUUUUUUAAUAUACACCAAAUCCCACUCAAAGAAGGAAAUCAGAAAGAAACAGAAACUUAGCUAUAAAUAAACAUAACUCAAUUGCAUUCGUUGUUUGUAGUAAUUUCUUUCAUUGUUGUUCCCAAGCAAACUAAGAUGGUGAUCAGUCGUCAUGCAAGAAAAAUAAUGAAGAGGAGAGGAAGAAAAAAUAACAAACUCAUAAAAGACAACUUUUGUUCUUCCAUUGAAUCUCUUCCCAAUGAGUUACUUACUGAAAUUGUUGCAAGGGUUGCUUCUUUCUCCUUUAAGAGUUACAUCAAUGCCAAGCUAAGUUGCAAGGUUUUUCAUGAAGUCGCAAAUGAACGCUAUGUAUAUCAGAAUGCAACGCUGGUAGACUUUCCGCUAUUAAAUUUAUGGUUGAAGCCAAAACAAGAGAAGAUAAACAAAAUUACUUCUUUCUUGGAGCUGUGCAGAGAAUGCGGGAAUACAGAAGCCUUAUACAGGAAGGGCGUGAUGGACUUAUUCAGAAACGAUAGGCCAGAACUUGCACUGGAACUUGUGAAGAGAGCAGCAAAAGGAGGCCACAUUGGAGCAUUCUAUGUGAUAGGUAUAAUUAUGGUCUUUAUGGGUGGUGACUUCAAGCGAAAAGGAGUAAUAUUGAUUGGCAACAUGAAAAAAACAAGGCCACUAAGGAAAAUAACAAGAGAGUGUCGAAAGAAGUUAGUCAAAAUUUUGAGAAAUAUUUGGGUGUUAAAUCCAUUAGUGUAUGGAGAAAGACCCACCUGUUGCACAAUUCAACAUCAACGCAUUCGCAAGAAUGGCUGGCCUGUCGACAGUGACGAUGAAGAUGAAGAUAAAGAUAUCUAUUUUCGUUGUGAUGCUUGCAAUUGUGACGCAGAAAUUGCUUACAUAUUUGCUGUGUUACGUAGGUAAUAGUGUUAAGGUGUGAUUAUUUUUAAGUCGUGUCACUUUCUUCCCCUUUUUCCUUAUUUCGGCUUUGUAAUAUUUUGACUCUACACUUUGUGCAUAAUUUAAUUUA